GCUCUAGAAAACUUGAAUCCACAGCUCUCUUGCUCGGCCUCUUCUCUUUCCAUAUAUCUCUCGCGUACCAUCCAUCCCGAGUUCGUUGUUAACCUUGUUUAAUGUCGUUUCACCUUUUUCUCCCGUUCCUUCUUCGACAUCUCGUCUUCGAAUAGACUUUUUUCGGUUCUUGUACCACCUCGGAAUAGCUCCCCUGUCACAACCCAAAAAAUAAAUUCAGACAAUAAUUUACGGCUGAUUUUUUCGAAUUAAUCGGCCAACCGGCAACAUGUCGUGGUCGCCCUCCUACUCGUGGACGGGCGCGCCCACCGAGUUCAACGGGACGAACGCAGAGACUGGGGGUGAUUCCAACACCGAAAACCUGAACCAAUGGUACCAAUCCGGCGACCAAGCCUUCAUUAUCGUCUCAGCAUGUAUGGUUCUACUCAUGGUUCCCGGAAUCGCAUUUUUAUAUUCCGGCCUGUCCCGACGAAAGUCAGCUCUGUCCCUCAUCUGGGUCGUCAUGAUGUCUUUUAGCGUCGUCAUUUUCCAGUGGUAUUUCUGGGGCUACUCGCUAGCUUUCAGUACAACAGCCACGAACGGUUUCAUAGGCGAUUUACACCACUUUGGUCUCAUGAACACACUCGCAGCUCCCUCUCCCGGCUCGCCGCUUAUACCCGAAUUAUUAUACUCUUUUUACCAGAUGAUGUUCUGCGCCGUUACCGCGGCUCUCGUUAUUGGUGCGGUCGCCGAACGGGGUCGAAUGCUUCCUGCCAUGGUCUUCAUUUUCUUCUGGGCUACCCUUGUCUACUGCCCCGUCGCCUGCUGGGUUUGGAACGUUAACGGAUGGGCGUACAACUACGGUGUUCUCGACUACGCUGGUGGCGGACCCGUCGAAAUCGGUUCUGGUCUGUCGGCACUCGCCUAUUCAUGGGUUCUUGGACGACGUCACGAGAAGAUGAUGCUUAACUUCCGACCUCACAAUGUUUCACUGGUUACGCUUGGUACGAUUUUCCUGUGGUUCGGAUGGCUCGGUUUCAACGGUGGUUCUGCCUUCGGCGCCAACCUACGCGCUACCAUGGCAUGCUGGAACUCUUGCCUGACUGCUACGUUCGCUGCUAUGACGUGGUGUCUACUUGAUUUCCGUCUUGCGAGGAAGUGGUCUAUGGUCGGAUGGUGUUCCGGUGUUAUUUCUGGUCUCGUUGCCGCUACACCUGCAUCCGGUUUCAUCCCACCUUGGGCGUCUAUCAUUCUGGGUGUUGUCACUGGUGUCUGCUGUAACUUUGGCACCAAGGUCAAGUUUCUGGUUCGAAUUGACGACUCCCUCGAUGUAUUCGCUGAACACGGUAUCGGCGGAAUUGUCGGCCUCAUUUUCAACGCGUUCUUCGGCGCGAACUACAUCAUCGGUCUAGACGGUGUUAACAACGGCGUAUACCCUGGCGGUUGGUUAGACCACCACUACGCCCAGAUGUACAUCCAAAUCGCCUACAUUGUAGCUGCUUGCGGUUACACCUUUGUCAUGUCUGCCAUCAUCGCGAAACUCGUUGAUCUAGUGCCAGGCCUACACCUACGUGCUACCGAGGAAGCCGAACUCCUGGGUAUGGAUGACGACCAACUCGGUGAAUUCGCUUACGACUACGUUGAGGUGCGACGUGACUUCCUGGCAUGGACUCCCGCCAAGGAAGAGCCUACUGCCGAUGGCCACCGCAUCAUCCCCCAGCAUGGCAUCGAAGAGCACCAGAACAUGGCCAACACCAACGGCCAGGCUCUCGAGAGGGAGCAGGAGAAGUUCGGGGUUUCGGCCAGAGCGCCCGCUAAGGAGCAUGCCGCCGAAGAAGCCGCGAAAGUUGAUACUGAGGCCGACGCAGCCACAGAGGAUAGCAGGUGAUGACGUACACCUCUUCCCACAAAUUACUUUCUAUGUUUCAUUUUUUGUUGUACUACUGAACAUAUAUGCCUGUGUUGCUACAUAAUACCCAUCGGUUCUUUUCUAUUUUUUAUUGUUUGGAGUCAGGAAAAACUAUCGGGAGGCGAAAAGGGAUUCAAUUUCUAGGAGAAGGCAUGGUGUUGAGGCGUUGUGUACUUACUGAAGUUUACUUGAAGGAGGAAAAUGAAAUGGGCAGGAAUGGAAAUAGGGGGUUUAUCCUUGUGAAUAUACCACCAAUUCAGAUUCAAUUACUCUUAACUAUGCACGGUUGCUUGGCUCUA